GCCAAGAUGGCGGUGGACACCGCGACCGAGCUGCUGUUUCUAGACACGUUCAAGCACCAGAGCGCGGAGCAAAGCACCAACAUUGAUGUGGUUCGUUUUCCCUGCGUGGUUUACAUCAAUGAGGUCCGUGUCAUCCCUCCAGGAGUCAGAGCUCACACGAGCUUGCCUGACAAUAGGGCUUAUGGAGAGACAUCUCCACAUACCUUUCAACUUGACUUGUUUUUCAACAAUGUCAGCAAACCAAGUGCCCCUGUUUUUGAUAGGCUGGGCAGCCUUGAAUAUGAUGAAAACACUUCAAUAAUUUUCAGACCAAAUGCAAAGGUCAACACAGAUGGAUUGGUUCUGAGAGGAUGGUACAACUGUUUGACUUUAGCAAUCUAUGGCUCAGUGGACAGAGUAAUAAGUCACGAGAGAGAGUCACCUCCUCCACCCCCACCUCCACCACCACCUCCCCAGCAACAGCCUGGUUUGAAAAGGAACCCAAAGCAUGCUGAUGGAGAAAAAGAAGACCAGUUCAAUGGCAGUCCUCCAAGACCACAACCUAGGGGACCAAGGACACCUCCAGGCCCCCCUCCUCCCGAUGAUGAUGAGGAUGAACCCAUCCCAGUGUCAGUGGUUGGGGAAAAAGAAGACGAUGUGGAUCACAGAGAGGAUUACUUUGAGCCCAUCUCUCCUGAUCGAACAUCCAUUCAUCAGGAAAGCCAGUAUUCUGAUGAUGGAGAAGUGGAGGAAGAUCAACCAGAAGAAGGAGAUGAUGAUGAUGAUGAUGAUGAUGAUGAUGUGGAUGUUGAGGAGGAGGAUGAUGAGGAUGAUGAUGAUGAUGACGACGAUGAUGAGCAUACAGUAGAGAGUAUUGCUGAUGAGGAAGAGGAAGAAGAGGAGGAAGAUGAAGAUGAAGAAGAGGGUGAAGAGGAGGAGGAAGGUGAAGGAGAUGAUGGAUAUGAGCAGAUUUCAAGUGAUGAAGAUGGAAUUGCUGAUCUGGAACGUGAAACAUUUAAGUAUCCGAGCUUUGAUAUUGAAUAUACUCCUGAGGAUCUGGCAUCUGUGCCUCCUGUGACAUAUGAACCUUUUGAAAGGGAGCUUGGACCUCUUCUGUACUUCACCUGCCCUUACAAGACCGUGUUUGAAAAUGAAGUUGGUAAAAUAAAAGAUCAAGACCCAGAAAAAGAAAAUUCAGGAGCAGUGGAAGCCUCAGUGAAAUUAACCGAACUACUGGAAUUAUAUCAAGAGGAAAGAGGUGCAAAGUGGGUCACUGCAUUAGAAGAAGUUUCCAGUUUAAUAGUAAAAGGAUUGAGCUACUUGCAGGUGAAAGGCACAAAGCAAGACUAUAUUGCUCAGCUGGUAGACUGGACCCUGCAAGCUUUGAACCUUCAGGUAGCUCUCAAGCAGCCCAUUGCUUUGAACGUCCGGCAGCUCAAAGCUGGCACAAAGCUGGUGUCGGCGUUAGGGGAGUGUGGGACUCAAGGAAUAACAGCACUCUUACAGGCAGGAGUUAUCAAUGUCUUAUUUGAAUUGCUGUUUGCAGAUCAUGUGUCAUCCUCCCUUAAACUUAAUGCUUUUAAAGCUUUGGAUAGUGUUAUCAGUAUGACUGAGGGAAUGGAAAUGUUUCUAAGGGGUGGUGUAGAUGGGCAUGCAAAAAGUGGCUAUCAAAAACUCUUGGAACUGAUCCUGCUGGAUCAGACUGUGAGAGUAGUUACUGCUGGGUCUGCAAUUCUCCAGAAGUGUCACUUCUAUGAGAUCCUUACAGAUAUUAAAAAGGUGGUUGAUCAGCUAGCAGAGAACACUCCUUCUCUUCCUAAUCACACGGAGCAAGAACAGGAGCAGGACUUGGUAGGACUUGAAAGAACCAACCAAGAAUAUGAGAAUGAUGUGGAGACUCCUAUGGACAUGGAUCAUCUUUUGGAGUCUUCCAAUAUAAGCGAAGGAGAGAUGGAAAAACUUGUCAGUCUUCUGGAAGAAAUCUUCCAUUUGAUGGAAACUGCUCCUCAUACAAUGAUUCAGCCACCUGUGAAAUCUUUCCCAACCAUGGCACGCAUUACAGGCCCUCCAGAAAGGGAUGAUCCUUACCCUGUGCUCUUUAGGUAUCUUCACAGUCACCAUUUCUUGGAAUGCAUCACCCUGCUGCUGUCUAUGCCAGUGACAGGUGCCCACCCAGGCGUGCUGCAGGCCAUCCGAGAUAUCCUGCGCUUCCUGGCGCAGUCACAGAAGGGGCUGCUCUUCUUCAUUGCCGAGUACGAAGCAACCAACUUACUGAUCAGGGCACUUUGUCAGUUUUCUGAUCCAGAUCAAGAGGAAGGUCUCCAAUCAGAUGGGUCCAAUGAAGAUGCUUUUGCCCUGUGGCUUCUGCAUUCCACACAGACCUUACAGUGCAUUUCAGAAUUGUUCUGCCACUUUCAGCGCUGCACAGCCAGCGAGGAGACCGACCACUCAGAUCUGCUGGGGACACUUCACAACCUGUACCUGAUUACCUUUAACCCUGUGGGAAGAUCUGCUGUGGCUCAUGUGUUCAGUCUGGAGAAGAAUCUCCAAAGUCUUACUACUUUGAUGGAGUAUUACUCCAAAGAAGCUUUAGGAGACUCCAAGUCCAAGAAGUCAGUUGCUUAUAAUUACGCCUGCAUCCUUGUUUUGCUGGUGGUUCAGUCUUCCAGUGAUGUCCAAAUGCUGGAGCAGCAUUCAGCACCUCUGCUGAAGCUUUGUAAAGCAGAUGAAAAUAACACCAAACUGCAAGAGCUCAGCAAGUGGCUUGAACCUUUGAAAAACCUUCGCUUCGAAAUAAAUUGUAUUCCAAAUCUCAUUGAAUACAUCAAACAGAACAUUGACAGCUUGAUGACACCAGAUGGAGUUGGUCUUCCUACUGCACUUCGUGUCCUGUGUCAUGUUGCAUGUCCACCACCUCCAGUAGAAGGUCAGCAGAAAGACUUGAAAUGGAACCUUGCAGUCAUUCAGCUCUUUUCUUCUGAGGGAAUGGACACCUUCAUCCGAGUCUUGCAGAAGCUGAACAGUGUCCUCAUUCAGCCUUGGCGACUGCACGUCAACAUGGGCACCACGCUUCACAGAGUCACCACGAUUUCUAUGGCCCACUGUACAUUGACUCUCCUUAAAACCAUGCUGACAGAGCUGCUGAGGGGUGGAUCUUUUGAGUUCAAAGACAUGCGUGUGCCCUCAGCACUUGUUUCCUUACACAUGCUCCUGUGCUCUAUUCCUCUCUCGGGUCGCUUAGACAGCGAUGAGCAGAGAAUCCAAAACGACAUCGUUGAUAUCUUGCUGACUUUCACCCAAGGGGUUAAUGAAAAGCUGACCAUUUCUGAAGAAACUUUGGCAAACAAUACUUGGUCUUUAAUGCUGAAGGAGGUUCUGUCUUCAAUUCUGAGAAUUCCUGAAGGCUUUUUCUCUGGGCUUAUACUGCUCUCAGAAUUGCUGCCUCUUCCGCUGCCCAUGCAGACAACUCAGGUAAUUGAACCACAUGAUAUUUCAGUGGCCCUCAACACCAGGAAGCUGUGGAGCAUGCACCUUCAUGUUCAGGCCAAGCUCAUCCAAGAGAUCGUUCGCUCUUUCUCCGGCUCGUCCUGCCAGCCCAUUCAGCACAUGUUGAGACGUAUUUGUGUUCAGCUGUGUGACUUGGCUUCACCCACAGCUCUGCUGAUCAUGAGGACUGUAUUGGAUCUGAUUGUAGAAGACCUACAAAGCAACCCAGAAGAGAAAGAGAAGCAGUACACUGGCCAGACCACUCGGUUGCUUGCCUUACUGGAUGCCCUGGCUUCACACAAGGCUUGUAAAUUGGCUAUUUUGCAUCUUAUCAGUGGAACAACUAAAGGAGAAGAAAAAUAUGCAGAGGUUUUCCAGGAGCUCCUGGCUUUGAUGCGAUCAGCUGGUGACAAUGUCACUCAUCAGCAGUGUGCAGAAUAUGUCACUUCCCUUCUGCAGUCCCUCUGUGAUCAGGAUAUUGCACUCAUCUUACCAAACUCCUCAGAAGGUUCUGUGUCUGAAUUGGAGCAGCUUUCAAACUCCUUACCGGGCAAAGAGCUGAUGCCUUCGAUUUGUGACUGUCUGAUGGAAACCUUAACCAAUUCUGAGAGCAGUUACAGCUGUCUGCUGACGUGUAUCCGAACCAUGAUGUUCCUCACAGAGCACGACUAUGGCUUCUAUCACUUAAAGAGCUCAUUAAGGAAACACAGCAGUGCUCUGUACACGGUGCUGAAGCGAGUCAUAACCAGUUUUAGCAAAGACACAGGUGAAUUGGCCUCCUCUUUCCUGGACUUCAUGCGACAGAUGCUGAACUCUGACACGCUGGCUUGUUGUGGAGAUGAUGGAAGCCUUAUGGAAGCAGAUGGUUCUCAUCCAGGCAGAACGCUGGGUCUGACUGCUGCAGAGUUAAAACAUCUACUGCAGCACAAAGAAGAAACUCCAGAAAACCUGCUGCUUGAUCUGGAGAAACAUGUGAUGGAUCGUUCUAAGGAAGAUGAUGGCCUUGAGUCCUUGAUGGACAACAUCGUUGGAGUGAGGCAGAUGUUGGAAUCGGCAGGGGAUCCUUCUCCGCUGAGUGACGAAGAUCUAGAGCCUGUUCUUGCUGCACCAGACUCCCUGCAGAAUUUGUUUAACAACAGGACCACAUACGUGUUGGCAGAUGUGAUGGAUGACCAGCUGAAGUCCUUGUGGUUCUCACCCUUUCAGGCUGAAGAAAUAGACACUGAUUUGGAUAUGGUGAAAGUUGACUUAAUCGAGCUGUCGGAGAAGGGCUGCAGUGACUUUGACUUGCAAGCUGAACUGGAGAGGUCAUUUUUGUCAGAACCAUCAUCUCCUGGCCGCACAAAAACCACAAAGGGCUUCAAACUCGGCAAGCACAAGCACGAAACCUUCAUAACUUCAAGUGGAAAAUCUGAGUACAUAGAACCUGCAAAGAGAGCACACAUUGUGCCACCACCAAGGGGAAGAGGCAGGGGAGGAUUUGGACAAGGCAUUCGACCGCACGAUAUCUUCCGUCAGAGGAAGCAGAAUACCAGCAGGCCACCCUCGAUGCACGUGGAUGAUUUUGUUGCUGCAGAGAGCAAAGAAGUGGUUGCUCCAGAUGGGAUCUCACCAGCCAAAAGGCCACCAAAAGUGUCCCAGAAGAUUUCUUCCCGUGGUGGGUUCUCAGGGAAUCGCGGAGGACGAGGAGUUUUUCACAGUCAGAACAGGUUCUUUACACCACCUGCUUCCAAAGGAAAUUACAGUCGUCGUGAAGGCGCUCGAGGCUCAAGCUGGAGUGCACAGAGCACACCCAGGGGAACCUACAAUGACAGUAGAGGUGGUCAAAGCAAUUUUAACAGGGGUCCACUGCCACCACUGAGACCAUUGAGUUCAGCAGGCUACCGACCGAGUCCUCGCGAUCGUGCUUCCAGAGGCCGCGGAGGAAUUGGACCGUCUUGGACAAGUGCUAAUAGUAGUAGCAGUGGUGGCUCAAGAGGAAAGUUUGUUAGUGGAGGCAGUGGAAGAGGUCGUCAUGUACGUUCCUUCACACGAUGAUGCUAAAAUUUGACACCUCAUGGAACAGCUUCCCCUUUCCCCUCCCCCCCACCCCCACCUCUCCCCCCAACCCUCUGAGCUUCUGUGAAGAUGACAAAGCGACAGCACUAAAAGGACCAAUUCUGAGUUACUGAGAUCUGGAGGACACCCAAGAGAAUAUUUUUUUUUUUUUUUCUUUCUUUUCUGAAGACAAUUUUUUGGGUUUUGUUUUUUUUUUUCUUUUUUUUCCUGGUUGAUUUUUUUUCUGCUUGUUUUUUUCCUGUGGGUUUUUUUUUUUUUUUGGUUGUUUAUUUUUUGGUUGUUUUUUUUUCUGUUUGUUUGAUACAAGACUUGAAAUUUCAAUAAAAUUCAAGACCUUUUUUUUUUGGGUUUUUUUUUUAGGGGUACAGUUGUAAAUUUUUGCUUUUGGGUUCCUUAGGAAAGAAGGUUUGAAAUUUUUUGGCUUUGUGGUUUUUUUUUGGUUUGGGUUUUUUUUUGUUGUUGUUGUUAUUUUUGGGGUUUUUUGGUGGACUUUAGUAGAAAAAGACUCAGUAAAAGAAACCUCUUUGAGACUUGAAGGACUUGUAAACUAUUUGUUGUGCCAAAAGAAAGGUACAGGUUGGUUUGUGUGUGACUCAGUACUGCAAGAAAAAAACUACAAACUGAAUCUCUCUGUAAGGCAAUUUUAGUGUUUUCUCUCAGGUUUUAGAGCCCUUAGCCCUUUUGGUGUGGUUUUUAUAGCUGGUCUUGGAGGUCCAUCUGACAGCAGAGGUAGAAGCAGCGGAUUAGAAGACUGAUUGAAAUGAUCUGUGACAGAACAAAAAUGAUGUGAUUGAUGUAGGCGGUGUUGUACAGCUUUGGUGAUGUGAUUGAAGUCAGUCCCCACACCUGUUCAAAUGAGUAGACCGUGUCGUGGACUUCAGGGAGAAGCAGCCAACACAGCUCCAGCUCACGCCUUAGGAGCACGAGAGUUACUUCACUGCAAAAGAAGAGGUUGCUUUGGUGUUAAAAGGCAAGAUCCCUGUACCAUUAGAGCCUGGAGGCAGUUGCCUGCUUCUCUGCUGCCAUAGUUGAAGAAGGCAGAGACACAGAUGUAUAAACCGAGCAACCAGGUAGUAAAGCAGCAAUGCCAAAGCUUCCCUUGAAGGAGCCGAUUUGGAUUCUUGGUUGUGUGUCUGGGCUGGGAUGCAGUGCGAAAAGCAAAGCUUGGAGAAGCUGGAAUUCAUAAAGGAGCACUGGGUUCAACUCCACGUUUGUGUUUUCACGUUCAGGGAUUGAAAGAAGCUUUUGACACCUUUGCAUCCCUUGGCCUCUAUGGGGUUUCCUAGAAUGAACCAAUCCUUAGCAGCCUUUUACUGCGUUUUGGGAUGGGGUGAGGAAGGGGAGGAUUUUCCAAAGGCUGUACACAGCUUGUACAGAUGAGGGCUGAGCUCCAUUCACACUUCUGCUUCGCUCUCUUGGCAUUACAGAACUACUCUAAAGGGGUCUCAGCCACUUCAGUGAACCCCAGUUGUAAAGUUCCUGGUUUUACCUAAGUUUACUUGGGACAGCUUCUGCCUAGGCUCAUUCACACCCCCAUUUGAUGUGUUUCUAAAGUGUAAUAAUAAUCUUAAUUUGACUUUUUUUUUCUAGCUUUAUACUGCCUGGCUAAAUGAAGUUUUUAUCUGAACCACAGAAGGCCUCCACUCUGUGUGCUUUGUGUGGGGGUUGUGAGACAGCCCCCCCCCACACACACACUGUUUGAGAAGUGACUGCUUUACGCAAAGGAGGAGCUGCAUCGCUGUGAGGGGUCAGCUUCUCUUUGCCCUGGGUGCAGCAAUGGGUCACGGUGUAACUGUGAUCAGAACUGACACCACCAAAAGGCUGAGAAUGGGAGCCAAACAAUUUCCUGACUGCUGACACAGCAACAAGGUGUAAUUCUGCUAAGAAUGGUAAUGACUGAAAAGGGUGAACCUCUCAGAGGCAUCGAUGCUGUUUGUAUUAAGGAGCACUGCCUAUUUCUUUCUGAGCUGCCUGGCUCCUUUAGACCCAUAUGGGUAAGGCUGUUGGGUUUUCCAGAGACUUUUCCUGUGUUGGAAACGAGCAGGGAUCUAAAAUUGUUUCUGUCAGGGAAUCUGAACUGCAGUGUCAAGCAUGGGCUACGUGUGUAAAUAUUCAGUGGGGUUGAAAACCUUUGGCAUGUCACACCAGUCACAGUGAGGCUGGGAGGAAAUAAAGGGUUCAAUUUGUUUGA